CUCAUUGUUUGUGCGUCACAGGUGUACCCGUUAAUCAGGUAUUUGUGAACGGCGUUGCCAGAAGCUCGGUCAAUCAGAAGCAAAACCUUGUAUGACAAGAAUAAACUCUGUUUAAGUUUUAGUUAAUCCUCUAAAUUACCUUUGACGUGUAAGCAGCUCGCGUCCUGUUAAUGUCUUCACCGCUCCCAGCAAAAAAAAGUGCCACAUGACCUGUGUCAAGUAGGAAGUGGCGAGCUAGCGAGCAGCAGCAACUAGGAACGCACGACGGGAGGAAGCAGUGAAUACUCCGAAAUCUCAUUCUAGACGUUUCCCAGCAGAUACGUUUGCCUUGCUGAACAGACAGAGCAAUAAGUUAGCCGUAGUCAUGUGCUUGAAGGUGGUGUUUUUCGCUGUAGUUGUGGCUCUGAUUGGCGCAUCAGCCGCGACAGACUCAGAUGGAUGUGCCACUUUGUCAUGCGCUGAAUGUACAAUCGCUGACUGUGCUUGGGUCAACUGUACAACAUCUAUUGGCUGUUACAACAUUACUCUUCAGGACAUAAAGGACAAGUGCAACACCACUGAAUGCUUAGCUGUUGAAACAACAACUGUCCAGAAAAGUAGUGACCCUACUUCAGCUGCCCCCACUCCUCCUCCUCAUACAUCCUUCCCUCCCCCUGUUGUCACCACCACAACAGCAUCUAACAGCAGCAGCAGCCCGCAGCCCACCACAGACAAUGCAACCACCACCACCACCUAUGUCAACACCACGACUGUGUCUACAGCCUCUACUUCAACUGGAACCAACACAACUACCACAACAGUUUCCCCCACAGUUAACCCUCACAAGCGCUCAUCCUUCGACGCUGCAAGCUUCAUUGGUGGGAUAGUGCUUGUGCUGGGCCUGCAGGCUGUCAUCUUCUUCCUAUACAAAUUCUGCAAGUCCAAGGACCGUAACUACCACACCCUUUGAAGCAGCACCUCUGUUGGAUUUACACCACUAAACCUGUCCCCCUACUCAGCACACGCUCAUCACAAUGGACUCAAACAGUGUUUUUAAACAGGUUUUUCUUUUUUUUAAUCUGUUUGUGCCACUCGUGGCUUCAGCUUGCAUUAGUGUGGUAGUGUGUAUUAGGGCACCCAUGCAUGCCUGUAUGUGUGAUAAUUCCCAUUGCACCAGCUUGUACAGCUAAGUAGAUCUCUAGUGAUGUGGCAUUUGAGCCUUUAGUGUAUGGAUUACAGUGCAUCAUUUUGGUAGCUACUCCCACCUCCAUCAUGCUGCUGGUCAUCCUGCGGAGACCAUUCUCCAUCAACUUGAGGGGGUUUUGUGUUAUUUACAGCCCCCCUUCUCGUGGCUUCCGUAAUUAAAUACACCACGAGUGGUCACAUGAUGCUGCAUUUUAUUUUGAGUUGAAAACACUGUUUGAGUUCACAGCUAUUCUUAAACAUGACUGUGAUGAUUCAGUGUUGCUUUUAGCCCAUUGAAUCAUGAGCAGGUUCCCUCUCCCCCAUACAGCUGUAUUAUGUAAUGUGUUCAUAGAUGAUGUAAAAAAGGUGGGGUUAUCAUGAGGUUAUAAAAGCAACACCCAGUCAUCUGAUGUCAGACUAAAACCAGUAGUAAUCCUUCUGUUCUUCUGGUAAACAGAAGAUGAGUGUCUCCUUUGGCAUUUAGGAAUGUUUUCUGCCGAAUUCCCUGAGGAAAUCAUUCACCCAAUAAGAGUGGUUAAAAAUGUCAAACGCCAACUGCCAGUAGAGCGGCUCAGUGCAAUAAAUCGUUUAUCAAUUUCAUUUACCAACCAUUAAACCCCCAGCUGUUAUUUCUCAUCCUGGCUAACAUCUGAUCUGACCCACUUGGACUGCUAAUGUGGAGCUGGCCCUUCAUUAGUGAGAAAGGGUGACGGUGAACUAUUGUAGAAUAUGAAUCGUGUAUAAAAUGGAGAAUGUGGAGAUAAUGAAAAUGACAUGGACCUUUCUUGAUGUGGUCAGUGAUGGCAGCGAAGUGCCUUUAAUGUCCAGUAUGACUUAAAGAGAGAAAUGGAAGAGGGCGAGUCUCUUCUUCCUGGUUGAGGCCUGAGUGUUGUCAUUAGUUUGUUUGUAAGAAAGAAGCACUAUUGCAAGCAGCUACUGGUGAACAGUGAGAAGCGCAGUAUCCCAGCUGGCCUGAAGAAGAGCCUAUUAUUGUUGAAGAAUACAAUGGCUAGUUGUGACUCAAGGACCGUUGAAGUUUUUCCCCAUAUAGAGAGGACUGUAUUCAGUGAAACCUAUGGUCCUCUCACUGGUGACCUUUUUUUUUAAAGAGAUCAUUUAAAGGCACUCCCCUUUUUGUAGACCCCAGUGCUGCUUCCAAAUGUCCUUCCAUCUCAUGGUUUGUUUCUGAACUUAGUUGUGAAUUGUGUUAAAUUACAAAGCCCUCACAGUGAGCUGGAAAUUUUGGGCCGCUGUUUGGGGCUAUAAAUCUGGGAGUGUACCUUUUAAAGAAGUGACCGACUUUUCGGGCUUAAUUUAAACAUUUGAGUGUUGUAGGUUGCUUAGGGAUAAAAAUGUUGGAGUACUUGUUUGGGCAAAUAAGAAUUUGGACCUCUGAUUUCUGCCAUGUAAAUGAGAUUGUGAAUGGAGUGCAGAACUACAACAACUAAGUGACUCUGCUACAGCUCAUGUCAAGUUAUUUAAUUAACUUGCUGCCAAGUGUGAUUUUGUCCCUUCUGUAUAUAGCCAUGUCCUGGUUUUUGUUCGUCUUCUGGGUUUCAACUUGAGGAAAGGCUAAAUGAAGGAUCGUUUUUCUGAAAUUUUUGCUCGCAGUGCUUGUCAGUGUCAAGAAUGAGUUGUUCAAAUGCCUUUUUUAAUUAUUGCAUGCUGGAUGCUUGGGGGUUGUGGGUUUUUUCCCCUCAUGGCAUAUGCUCUUAAGGAUUUAGACACACUCAAAAACCACUUGAUUAUUUAUGAUUAGCUCAUAUGCUAGUUGAGGAAUGCCUUGAAACAAGUGUGCAUUAAGCCAAAGUCCUCCGUUUUGGCAUGGAUAUUAAAUAUUGCACUGACAAGCUUUGUUUUGUAACUUGGUAAAUGUUUUCAUGGUUCAGCAAAAAGAAAAAAAAUCAGAUGCUUGUAUAAAUACUUAGUGUUGGAUAUUAACUAGAUAAUGGAUGAAUAAUCACCUUGUUUUGUAUCGCCACAAAAUGGUAAGAAAUUUGAGUCCAUAUGUUUUUUUUUUUGUUUGUUUUUGCUUGCGUAAUUUAGGGUUACGUUUUCUGCUGCUCACCAUUGACACGCUUUUAAACCUACAGUCACCUGGUGGCAUUAGGCUACAUCCCAAAGACCCAAGUAGGGCGGGUUUCUACAGAGUUUUGCCUUAGCUGCACCAAUUUGUUCAUUCUCUACAUGAGGAGGCCCUUCGCCCAAAUUUAGAGACAUAGUUGUAUUCACAGCUGUUGAGUGGUAUAUAACCACCGAAUUCCUUAACAAGACAGCAUCACAUGUUGACAUUAUAGUCUCAAAACAGCUCUGGUAUCCAUGGAAACCAUUAGUCAGUCCAUUGUGUUGCUUCUCCUACAAAAUACUCAGUCCCUGCACCUCUUAGGGAAAAGUGCCUUAUUCAGUUAAUAUCCAUAUAUAGAUGUAGUUUGUAAACUGAUAUGCCACACCUAUCAAAUGUUAGUGGGACUCAGCACUUUCUAGGUUUGGAUUUCUAUGCUAUAUUUUGCUUAAUGUCUGUGUUGUCACACUCGGCCUUAACUUCUUUAUCAAAUCCACAGAGCAUUUGCUAGUGAUAAGCUGUCCAGAUAAUACCAAGUUACUUCUGUUUGAAAAGUUUGUUAGAUGUGAGCGGAUGGGAUGUUUAUAUGGCUAUAACCAGCUAAUGAUUGGCAUAGAUUUCAACCAGAUGAAGCCUGGUUGCAGCCGGUACAACUUUUCAUCUCCUCAUUGUGAUAAAACGACUCACCGGUACUGUUGUAACCACAGCCACAGAACUCUCGUGUUCUUUACCGCAACAUUUCCUCCACAGUCAUGUGAUAACUUGACAUUGACAGUAAUUUUCAACUGUGGCAUUAAAUGACUUGUUUUCUGUCCACUAGGAUUUUAAA